CUUCCCUGCAUCUCCUCUCCAUAGGUGUGAGCGAGGCAGCCUCCAUAGUGAACAUGCGUAGAGUCACCCACCCUACCAUACAAGAGCCUCUGGCCGGGUUCGCCCACCUCCCCUGCGUCUUCACCCACAAGCCCAGUGAGCCCAGACCCUCCAGCCAGCCUCCCCAGAUCCAGUGGACCCGAACCUGGGUACCACAUGGAGGAAAGGGGGGUCCCCUGGAGCAGAUGGUUCUCUCAGCCAAAGGUAAAGAAAGUAACAAUAGUCUUAAAUUAAAGCUAAUGAUUCAAUGAUAGUGUUUCAACCAACAUGGUCGUAGACUGUUUCAACCAGCAUGAUAUUAUUUUCAAUCAACAUGGACUUAAACAUCCCACAUUUGGAUUUUUGUAAUACGCUAUGAAAUUAACAGGUCAUUCAUUAUGACAAAAUGAUGUGGAGUAUACACUUUCAUAGAAAAAUGUAUAUUUUUUAUUUCUUUGCCCAAGGUGACGUGGUGAAGGUGAAUAAGGCUUUCGCUGGGCGGGUCAGGUUGCUUGGAUAUGCUGCCAACAACCUAAAUGCUACCAUGGAGAUCUCAGGCCUCCGUAGCAAAGACACAGGCACCUACCACUGCCAGGUUGUCGUGGGAGACAACUACGAGCGAGACAUAUUGCCCCUUGUGGUCAUGGGUGAGGGGUUUAUACUGUAGCUGACUGUAUGCUGUUGUAAUUGAAGUUGAGAUACCUUUUUUUCUCCAAUUUAUUACAGUAUAUCUUUGUUUGCAACAAUUACAAGAAGGAUCUUCUUUGAAUUCUUUAACUAGUGUGUAUUGUGAAUCACUUCUAAUUUUUACAUUUUUUUUUUACACUCAUUUUACACAGUAGAGUUCAUCAAUAGUAAAAAAGCGUACUUAUUAUAUUUCUGAAAGCUAGACAAAUCCAUACGGUGGAUAACCAAGCUCUUUGUCCCUUCAAAUGAUCAUUAAUGGCAUCUUAGAAACCUCAGUGGGAAAAUGUGCCCUUUUACUUAAUGACCAUUGGUCCUUCACAUUGAGUGUUGGUACAAAGCCUCCUUUAUCUUAUUAAACACUUAUUACAUUGAUUCAUCAUAUCAAUAUCACAAUUACUUUCUCCAGUCUUACUUUGCUCUGCUUCUGUUUUCGUUAUUGGUUCAUAUUAACAGACUAAAAGUCCUUAACACUGUAAUUAAUGUGAAGUGCAUGGAUUGAAUACCAAUGACAAGUACCCUGUGACUGUCACUGCUCUUUCAUGAAAUGCAGCUAAAAGAACACAGAGGUUUUCCAAUUGAUCUGUUCAGAAUGGGGACAGUGAACCUAUUUGGUUGCCAACCAGUGCAUCUGUAUAAUAUUUCAAAGUAGGGCUAUGUCCUGCACAUCCAAUAUACUACUGCAGGUGCAGAGGAGUGAACAAAAAGUGAGAAAACAUCUGCUACAUUCUGAUGUUGAUAUUAGCAUAAUUUAUUGUCUUACAUUGCCACAUGGAGAGUAACAUUUCAUUGAGUGACCUUCGCCGGUGAAUGAACAUCCUAAUGAUCUAAUUGAUUGCACAAACGCCCUUCUGUUUGUCUGAGACAAAGACACACUUAGCAUCACAACACAAACCUGUGUGUGACUGUGUCGUACGCUGCUAAAACAGCCCCCUCGGGACUGUACUGAAUUGAGUGCUUGUUUGUUUUUAGUCAAUACAUUUACAAAGUAUUUUUUACUUUAUGUGUGUGUCCUUGCAGUGUUGAUCAAGAAAGAGAAAAAUGCAAGAGAGGGGGAGAGAGAGAGAAAGAAAGAGAAAGUGUCUGUCAGUCACCUCACCUCUGUGUCUCUCUCCUCAGGUGUGGUAUUCCAUUACCGGUCUCCUAGCAACCGUUACGCCCUCUCAUUCGAUGAUGCCCACUGGGCCUGUCAGGAGAAUUCCGCCCUCAUCGCCACGCCAACCCAGUUGUGGGCAAUGUUCUACAAUGGCUAUGCCAACUGUGCUGCCGGAUGGCUCUCCGACCAGACUGUCCGGUGAGGGCACAAACACACACACACACACACAUACACAGACAGAAACAUCUCACCGGUCACCCCUGUCACAUCCAAACACUCACUUACAAUAAAACUCACCGCAUACUGUUUGGAGGACAGCCAUAAUUUGAUACUUUGAACAUUUGGUGCAAACAAAGAGGCUAGUUUUCUGGCUCUGAUUCUAUUAACAUUAUCUCCACAGCUAUCCUAUCCAGUCACCAGAGCGUGGUUGCUAUGGACAACAGGAGUAUUCGGCUGGUGUGAGGAAUUAUGGAAAUAGAGACCCUAAUGAGCUGUUUGAUGUCUACUGUUUCGCCAGGGAACUGGACGGUGAGACAGACACACGCACGCAUACACAUGCCCACACGCACACACACACACACACAGACACACACACACACAAACACACACACACAGAAGCAUCUCACUUCCACUCCUGAGUCACUUUAAUAAAAUUGGCUUGUGAAUUUGUAGGCUUGUGAAAGGACAAUAAAGAUAUCUGAGUCAGAACUUCCUCUCUCUCUAUCGCUCUCUUUCUCUCUCCUUCUCUCUCCCUCCCCCCUCCCCUCUCUCUAUCCAGGUGAGGUAUUCCACUCAUGGGUCCCAGGGCGUCUGUCUCUGUCCUCUGCCUCAGACCGCUGCAUCUCCCUGGGGGGACAGUUGGCCACGGUGGGGCAGCUCUACCUGGCCUGGAGGGCUGGGCUGGACAGCUGUGCUCCAGGCUGGCUCUCUGACGGGAGUGUCCGCUACCCAAUCACCCAGCCCAGGCAUGGUUGUGGAGGGGACCAGCCAGGGGUCCGGACCGUUGUACCCAACACCAAUGAAACCACAACCAGCAGCGGAUCUGCCAAUGCUACAGACGCCACACCACUCUAUGAUGCCUAUUGCUACAGAGGUGAGAAUGAAGUCCAGAUCUGGAGUCCAAGAGAUCAAGUUCAAAGUUAAUAGGUUACAUUGUCAAUGUUAGGCUAAAAUGGAAACUUCUCUUACAUGAGUCACUGAUAAACACAAAGUUCAUAUUUUAACAUCAUGAUGAUAAAACAUCCAAGACCUUUCCUCCAUUCACUGAUUACAAAGUAUUCCUAGAGGUAUGACGACUGGACCAUCUCUACUGAAUCGCCUCGAUGGUUUGUGAAGUAACCAUGACGAUGCUGUUGCCCACCAUGACAUGCGUUGCCAUGGACGUAACCAUAGCAACACCGGUUUUGUUAAAAUAAUUUGAUUCAUGGGAACUCAAACUACUGUAGCAUAGCUGGUCCCUUUGUUUAGAAUUAUUCCUCAUUUAUGCAAAGAGUUAUGGGAUAUUAGAAUCCUCUCGUCUUAACCUUUGUUAUAUACUGGAACUGCUGGAUAGACUUCUAGGAAGUGGAAGAGCGCUUUAGAGAGAAGAGGAGAGAUGAUUAAUUAGACAGGAAUUUAUUGCACAUACUCUCCAUGAACCCUCGGUCAUUGUUCAUUCAAUUGGUUUGAACAUCUCCUGCACAUGCAUGCUCUUCAAAUCCUUAUGGUUUCAUCAGGGAAUGUAAAGAAGCCAGGCUCCAUCUCUAAGAUCUAUGCAUCUCUGUGGAAGCCCUGGAGCUACCUUACCGGCUCCAGUGACACAGACACUCCAGGAACAGACAGCCUUUCCCUGGCUACUGAGACCACCAGCAGCCCCGCGACCACCGGUGGGUUAGGAUUUGAAUGGAUAGAUGUAGAGUAAUGAGUUUUCAAUAUGGUUGAAUGGCAAGAAGGAUUUUCUAUUAAUAAUCCUCCUUUUUCUCCCAUCUUCACAGAGAGCCGUAACCUUUCACCUUCUGAUGACCUCACACUCUCGAACUGGACAGGAUUGGUUGAUCUGGAGGAAGAGGCCCACUCUUGUAAGAAACUUUAUCCGGAUCUAAAAUUAUAUUCUAUUGCACAUAUAGAGCGCCUGUUUUUUGUUGGUUAUUAUUACUGUAAUUCAGUGUGUUGAUCUUCUCAGCCUCAGACCCCUGGUCCUCAGAGUCCUCUGAGGGGUAUGUCACCCUGCAGCUCAGCCCAGGAGAGAGCUCUCUAGCCUGGGGAGACCUGGGAGUCAUGGACCCUAACUCUGGAGCUUUCCUCAGACCUCCAGCCACCCCCAGCCCCAGCUCAAGUUCUACCACACAGAAAGAGGAGUUAUCACCCUCCAACCCAGACCCCACUGAUAGAAAGGUUGGUACAUUUUUACAAUAUUGAUUGAUUAGAAGUACUGUAUCAUCAGGGUACUUUGGCAUACAGGCACUUUUUGGCUCUAGUAUUGUUUAUUGUAUUACAGUAUAUUCAUUGUAUUGGCUGUAUGGGGGUCUCUGUCUAAAGGUGAUGGCCAAGAUAGUGAAGUCCAUGUGGAAGCCGUGGAACUACCUGGUAGGGGUGACAGAAGGUACCCCAGGAACAGGCAGUCCAGAGGGGGAGAGAAAGGGAACUACGGAGGGGACUCUGACUGAGAGCGAGACUGUGCCCACCGGUUCUCCUGUCUCUCCUGCUCCAGGUUAGUUGGGACUUUUUGCUUUAUUUUGGUUGUGAUACUGAGACAAACAGCUAGAGAGAAAGAAAAGAGAGAACGCGAGAGACAGAAAGAGAAAGAGAGACUGUGUUUGUGAAUGCGUGCUUGCACGUUAGUCUGGGUCAAAAACUGUCUUACUGCCCUUUUCAGUAGUCUAAGCUUCAUUAAUACAGAUAUGUUCUCUGGCCCCAUUCAACCCAAAGGCAUACAUAUUUAACAGAGAUGGGAACCUUAGACAUUGUUGUCUGCAUUAUUUAAGCCUUUUCUUCUAAUGAAGGGUUUUCUGGGAUGGUAAAACAAAUAGCAACACAAUAGAAGAGAAAGGCUUAGAAGUAUUGGUUUUGUCUCUCAGGAAGCACACAGUGAAUUCAAGAUAUGCUCUCCGCUAUGCUCUGGCAUGAUCUCUCUCUCUCUUUCUGCCCCUUCCCUCUUCUCAUUCCUUUUUCCUUCCUUCUCUAUCCUAUCUCUCCCACUGCCUCCUUUAACUUCCUCUCUUUCUUCCCCCUGUAGGAUUACUCUCAUGGGGUCAUGGGUGGUGGGAUAGCUUAGGGCUGGGGGACCUAGAUGACAUACCACCCACUGGUGAGCCCUCAUCCUCCCCAGCUCCGCUCACCUCUACCCCAGCCUCAGAGAGCCAGUCCUCUGCCUCCUCCUCCACCCCUAUAGGAUGGGAGGCUGUCCCAGACACCACUCAGCCCAAAGGGGAGACGUGGGUACGAGUGGCCCCAUCCAAAGGUGAGAUCUCGCCCCAGCCGGAUGAUAGGAAAAAGGGAGAUGCUACCACUAGUGCCACUAGAGCAGAUGGCCUGGCCAGUGCUGGGAGAUGGAGAGCGAUGGUCAAAGAGGAGGAGGGGAGUGCUGAGGGGGCCUCCGAAGAGGCGAGAGGGGAGAUCCAGGGGAGAUCCAGUCUCCCCGUUGGAACCAUCAAUCCCAAACUCAGAAUCCCUCCAUCCAACGAGAGAACCACAAGGAAGGGGCAGUCAGGAGCUAGUCGCAGCACAACCCAACCCCCAGUCAGCAGCUCCACAGCUGGGUCAGACAGCAGAGGCUCUUCCCCUCCAUCCAGACCAGGUACUGGAGCUCUAGCCCCUCCACCCUCAGCCUCAGUCAUCCAGGGAAGCUCCAGGGAGGCCUCCCCAUCCCUCUCCUGGGUCUCAGUGGAGAGAUCUGGAGAGCAGGGAGGUGAGGGGCCAGAGAGUGGGCCCCUGGCACUGCCCUCCGGACCCCCAGUGGAAGAAGAUACAGCCUGGUCUCACGCACUGGGCUCUGGGUUGCCUAGCAACCUGGACGAGGAG